AUGGCGACCCAAUCCAACGCAGCCUCCUAUUCCAAUCCCUUGAAGAAGUUCAAGUUGGUCUUUUUGGGUGAACAGAGCGUCGGCAAGACCUCGCUGAUAACCCGAUUCAUGUACGACUCCUUCGAUAACAUGUACCAAGCCACAAUCGGUAUCGAUUUUUUGUCGAAAACUAUGUACCUGGAAGACCGAACCGUCAGACUGCAGCUCUGGGAUACUGCCGGCCAAGAGCGAUUCCGAAGCUUGAUUCCAUCAUACAUCCGAGACUCGAGUGUCGCGGUCGUUGUAUAUGACAUCACAAACCGACAGUCCUUCCUGAACACCUCUAAGUGGGUUGACGACGUACGGGGCGAGCGGGGGAACGAUGUUAUCAUCGUCUUGGUUGGGAAUAAGACCGAUUUGAACGACAAGAGACAGGUUACAACUGAGGAGGGAGAGAAGAAGGCAAAGGAGUUCAAGGUCAUGUUCAUCGAGACCAGCGCUAAGGCCGGACAUAAUGUCAAAACGCUAUUCAAGAGAAUUGCCCAAGCUCUGCCUGGAAUGGAAGGCCCGCUAGGUGAUGAUGCCGGGAAGCAGAUGAUCGAUGUCAAUAUCAAGCCCGAGACUGGAUCUACUGCAAACGACAACUGCGCCUGUUAA